AUGGAUUCGUUAGCACCGAACGAGACGUCUGGGGAGUGUGCAGCGGCACGCGUUUUUGUGGCGCAGGACGGAAACCCGGACGCUUCAAACCGGAGCUGCGGCAACAUCUCCACGGCGCUCACCCCUCGUGGCGUGCGGCCAAAGGAUGACCACACGCUGAUCAUCCUGCUCUACUCCCUCAUCUUCUUCCUGAGCGUGUUCGGAAACCUGCUGAUCAUUGUGGUUUUGACGAUCAACAAGCGCAUGCGGACCGUCACCAACACCUUCCUGCUGUCGCUGGCCGUCAGCGACCUGAUGUUGGUCGUAUUCUGCAUGCCCUUCAGCCUCAUCCCGAGCAUCCUCAAGGACUUCAUCUUUGGCGCCAUCAUGUGCAAGAUCGUAACCUACCUCAUGGGUAUAUCAGUGAGCAUCUCUACCUUUAGCCUGGUUGCCAUAGCGAUUGAGCGCUACAGCGCCAUUUGUAACCCCCUGAAGUCCCGGGUGUGGCAGACUCGUUCCCAUGCUUACCGGGUAAUUGCCGCGACAUGGCUGAUUGCCAUCAUCAUCAUGAUUCCGUAUCCGGUGGUGAGUCACCUGGACUCCUUUGCACGCCCCGACAACACCACUGCCCACCAGUGUCGCCACAAGUGGCCCGUCGCCGUGGCCAAGCAGUCCUGGUACGUGCUGCUGCUGCUUAUCCUAUUUGCCAUUCCCGGGGUGGUGAUGAGCGUGGCCUAUGGACUCAUCUCUCGGGAGCUUUACAGAGGGAUCCAAUUUGAGAUGGGCCACAAAAAAGACUCGACAGACGUGAAGAAUGGCCUGACUUCAACCAUGUCGUGCGGCGGUGAUGACGGUGACGGCUGCUACGUCAACGUCCAGCGUCCUUACUCGCUGGAAAUGUCCGCGAUGUCCGCCUCCGUCAAGAGGCCCCGGGCGGACCGGCCACGCAGCAACACGUCGGAGGCCAAGCUGGAGGCCAAGAAGCGAGUCAUCCGCAUGCUGGUGGUAAUCGUGGUCCUCUUCUUUCUGUGCUGGAUGCCUCUGUACUGCAUCAACACUUGGCGAGCUUUCGAUGACAAUUCAGCCAAAAAAGCCCUCUCCGGCACACCCAUCGCCUUUAUCCAUUUGCUGAGCUACACCUCCGCCUGCGUCAACCCCAUCAUUUACUGCUUCAUGAACACCCGUUUCCGGAAAGCUCUGCUCGCCAUGUUCUCCUGCUGCGCCAGCCCUUGCCGUCGCCACCGCCGCCGCCGCCGCGGGCUGAGAGACAACGAGGAGGACUUUACGGCCAUGGGACCUUCCAUGUCCAAGUUUAGUUACACAACGGUCAGCACCAUGGGAAUGUGCUGAGGAUGAAAGAGGCUAGUCCGAUCAGGAAGAGACAGUUACAAGAGCAAGGCGGUGUACAACAUCCGCUUUGUUUUGGCCUACGCGAAAGCAGUUAGCAUAAUGUAGCGACAGCGAAGCUUAAAUUUAUGAUUGUGAGAAAAUAAAUAGGGGUAUUAACAAUUCCAGUGUCUGAAUGGACGGUAUGUACCUCAAAGGAUACAAAAACAGAAGGUGUUAGCUUAGCUGUUAUAUCGGUUCACGUCCAAACUACAGCUGUCCCAUUUUUAUUUAUUUAUUUAUUUAUUUCGUGUCCUAAAAUUGACUGCUUCAACUACACUUGUUUAAUAUAUAUACACAAGCUUUUCGAGAUUUACAAAAAUGAAACAACAUUUCUCUUCACAGCGCCCAAAAGAAUAAAUAUAACUCGGCGAAAAUUAAAAAUGACAAAUUGUUUGUUCAACGCUCCGCUCCUUGUCAAGGUCAUCUUAUUAGAGAUUGCCGGUCAAAUUCCAAAUUUUAUUUUAUUUUUUAAAAUAGCCAGAUAUAUAGAUAAGCGCUUUGUUACAGCUGCCGCUGUUGGGAAAGCGCUAUAUAAACAGCAUGUAUUGUAUUGUAUAUAUAUAAAAUGUAUAGAGCUGAGUACAUCUUAACCUACACGGAUCUGCGACUGUAAAUAAAUGAAGGGUGACGAAUGUCAAAGGAACCCUUGCGUCCUUCAAUUUGCCUGUACACACACCUUGAAAGAAAAUGUUUGGUCAACUGUUGUUAAAUAAUGAAACUUGCCAACUUGGUGGACCAUCAGUGAAGAAAAUAACCAGUGAAAUAUUUCUGUCACCUAUUUAUUGACAUGAUUGUUAUCAAUGGUAAUUCAGAUGCCUUGUGCAAUAAGUGCCUGCGUGUUAAUAUUGUUCUUGGCAGUGCAACGUCAUGGCAAGAACUAGGACUUGAGACGUGUUGAUGUAGACUGAAAAGAUGAAGCAACUUGAAAUCAUAAGAACUGGAAUCUGGCGCGGUGGUACCGUCAGAAAUCCAGGGAAGAAUUAUAUGAGAUCUUUUCCAAGUGUUAAGAAAGACAGCAUUUAAUAGCAGAUUAUAACGUGAUUCAAAUGUAUACAAUAGGUAGCUUAAGGUACGAGUUGAAUUUGUUCCAUGUGUUUGUCUUAUUUAAUGAAUAUUUAAAAGUGGGCUUACUUUUUUCCGUUCUGGAAUUUUGCUUUCCAGAGAAAUUGUGAUAGGAGUGUGUAGCUACCCUAGGUCAGUGGUACCAACUAUUUUUUUCCGCCGCGGACCGACCACUAUACAGCGAUCGGGGAUGGCUUUGGAGGGGGAAAGGCAAUUCUACAAUCCACACAAACUCAUUGGUUGUUUUUUUUUUUGCCUCAAAUAUUGAAUUAAGGUUUACCCUUACCAAUGUGAUUAGCCACCAAGUGUGGCACUCUGAAGGCACUUAAAUUUGUUGACAAAUCAGUUUUGAAAGCCUCAUUGGAGAGCCGCUCACCAUAUAUUGUGCAGAUAUGACUUAGUUUAUCCGUGUGAAUCCCCUGUAGCCGUAAAUCCAGAGUUAAAGUACCGUCUUUCUUCCUGGGCACAGCCUCUUGUGUCUAAUCAUCACUUGGCUCCCCCCAUUGCAACUAAACUUUCUAAAUAUGUCUACAUUACUCAUUUUGCUAGUUUGUGGAUUAAACAUUUGCAUUGCGCCAGACAACUUGGCAAGAGUCACGAUUCAUUCAUAGACGGAAUGGAGAGAAUCUAGUUACUUUUCAAAAUAUUUUUUUCUGCAGAUAAAUAAACCAGAAGUAUUUUACAUUUUUUUUCUUUUUUUUUUUCAUCUAUGUGGUACCUGUCCGCAUGACACUUCGGACCGGGCCGCGUCCGGGUGGUUGAGGACCAUUGCCUCAGAUGAAAUCAUGUUAUACGUUUCUAAACGGCGAGUCACUGAGUGAAUCAACAGCGCCUAUGCUAGUUACUUCAGAGUAGUGCAUUACACGCCCCGCCCCCAUCUGAUUUUCAAUGCGCAAUUAAUCACGAGUCACUUCCACAAAAUCCACAGAA